AUGAGCGUGCUGUCUCCAUCAGCUAUGCCGUCACCGGCCACCUGCCUGAUCAGGCGCCCCAGCAUGACCAGCAGCUCCUCAACACCCUCUCCUGCAGAUGGGCCAAGGUUGCGAAUAGCACUUCUGCUCAGUGGAGGCGUGGACAGCAGUCUGGCGCUGCGCCUGCUGAAGGCCGCUGGACACGAGGUUACAGCUUUCUAUUUGCAGAUCUGGUUCCAGGAGGACUUCAGGAACUACUGGGACGCCUGCCCUUGGGAAGAGGAUUUUGCCAUCUGCCAGCAGGUAUGCGAGCAGGCAGGCGUGCAGCUGCACACAGUGCCAUUGACAGAGCAGUACUGGCAGCGGGUGGUCUCCCACUGCCUGGCGGAGAUCAAAGCUGGACGCACCCCCAACCCGGACAUGCUGUGCAAUUCCAGAGUGAAAUUUGGAGCCUUCUACGAGUACUUGGAGCAGCAGCACGGCGCAGGUUUUGACAGAAUAGCAUCGGGCCAUUACGCGCGCAUAAUCCGAGACCCUCAAAACCCCUCGGCCCCCGUAGAAUUAGCGCUCACCCCUGACCCUAUCAAGGACCAGACAUACUUCCUGGCCCACCUCACGCAGCAGCAGCUGUCCCGCACCAUCUUCCCUCUCGGACCCCUGACAAAGGGGGAGGUACGCAGGUGGGCAGCUGCGCUGCAGCUGCCAAACCAGGCGCGGCGGGACAGCCAGGGGAUCUGCUUCCUGGGGAAAGUGCGCUUCUCCGAGUUUGUGCGCGAACAUCUCGGCACCUGGCCGGGGGCGAUAGUCGAGGAGGAGACCGGGGAGUUGCUGGGGCAUCAUGAGGGUUUUUGGUUUUACACCCUCGGCCAGCGCAAGGGUAUUUAUCUAUCGGGAGGGCCGUGGUUUGUGUCUCGCAAGGAUCCGGACGCGAACGUGGUGUAUGUGUCCCGCAAUUACUACGAUGAAGACAGGCGGCGGGACAGCUUUGUCUGCGGUGGUUUCAACUGGAUCGCCCUUGAACGGAUGGACCCGGCGCGGCCACUUUUCUGCAAAGUGCGCCAUGGGCCCAACAUGUACAGGUGCACAAUGGAGGAGCUGCCAGGUGGCGAGGCACGAGUGGUGCUGGAAGGGAAUGAUCAGGGCUUGGCUGCUGGCCAAUUUGCCUGCUUCUACCAGGACGGCGUCUGUUUGGGGUCUGCUGUCAUUUUGCAAGGGCAGUGUUGUGAUGACCGUGGUUCCUGA